ACAUUAUGGAUGACACCUGUCAUAAAACACCAAAGAAGAAGAAGAAGGGGAGUUCCUCAUAUAUAUUUCUGCAAUUGUGAUAAAGGCUUACAGCGACCAUUCACGUGAAAACUAGACGUUUCUGCGGUGACAUGUUUGGGUGUGUGGUGGUAGGCGUUGGCAUGGCAGGCCGGGUCAGGAUCCGAGACCUUCUCACGCCUCUGCCAUCCAGCACUGCAGAAAUCUUCACUCUUAAGGGCUUGGUGUCUAGGAGGACAGUGGAGCAGCAGGGAGUCCAACAGAUCCCUUUAGAGGAGGCGCUGAGCCGCAGCGACAUUCAGGUGGCCUUGUUGUGCACGGAAAACGUCAGCCACGAAGAAUACAUCAGCCGGUUUCUUGAAGCAGGGAAACAUGUGUGUGUGGAGUAUCCCAUGGCCCUCAGCUACAGUGCUGCCGCUAACCUGUUGGACCAAGCGCAGCAGAAGGGUUUGGUCCUGCACGAGGAACACAUCGAGCUCCUCACGCCCGACUUCAAGCAGCUGAAGAAAGACAUAGCUGGGAAACAGCUGGAAGAGGGAAGCCUGCAUUUCACAGGAGGUCCGCUCAAGAGCGGAUUCGGGUUCCUGUCGUUCAGCGGCAUUGCCCGCCUCACCUGGCUGGUGGAUCUUUUCGGAGAGCUCAGCGUUAAAGAGGCGUCAAUGGUCGAGGAGCCGGAGAGGAAGCAUACCAAGAUGACGGUCCGCUUGUUAACCAAGGAUCAGAAACCCUUGACCUGGACAGAGGAGCGCGCUGAAGGCCUGAGCCGUGGCAAACGCAUCCACCUGCGCUUCACCACGUGCACGCUGACCGAGCUGCCGUCUGGAGUCCAGGAGCCCGUGGGAAUCUUCAUGCAGGACCUAGUGCUGUUCGGGAGCAAACUGCAAGGAACCAUACCGGCCGAACAACUCCAGGCUGAGCGGAACAGAAUCCUUCACUGCUUCAAGCUGGCGGAGGACAUCAGGACACUCUGCCAGGACAACACGAAAUAACUUACAAGGGAGGGAAAGAGAGAGAGAGAGAGAGAGAGAGAGAGAGAGAGAGAGAGAGAGAGAGAUGGCCCAGGACUUACAACACAUCAGCUUUUUAGGCAGAUCUGUAUCAUGGUACCUAUAGAUUAAUCUUUAAACAAGCUUUGAAUUUAUGCACCAGUAGGCUUGGACAAGGUGAAAAAAGUUUCAGCAUUAAUAAAGAGAGAGAAGACUGGAAUGGAAUCCUUUCAAUAAUGA